UCAGUUCAAUAAAAAAAAAAAAAAAAAACAAAAUCAUAUUUUUAUUUUCUAUCAUAUUACUCCCGCCCAACUGGUGAUUGCUCCGGCCGCGCAAACAGCCAUGGAAGAAGAAACGACGACAGCUCCACCAACACCGGUAGCAACAGAUAUCUCAAACUCAACCAAAGCCUUAGACCCAACCCUACAAAAAAAGCACCAAGCAAUGCUCGAUCGCCUCUCUAUCCGCCAUCAAACGCGCAGCAAAUCCUCCUCCUCAACCACCGACUCUACCGCUUCCUUCCUCUCCAAAUUCUCCGACUUCAAACGCUCAAUUGAAUUCCAACUCGCUGAGUCAUCAAAACUCGCCAGCACCGAUCCAACUCGCCUAAAAUCUCACCUCGUCAAUAUCUCCAACUCCAUCUCCUCCCUCGAACAACUCGUCGCCGAGAAUUCCUACUUUCUCCCUUCCUAUGAACUUCGCUCCUCUCUCAAAACCGUCGCGGAACUUAAACUAUCUCUCGAAAAUCUCCACUCUGAGCUUGUCCCGAAAAAGAAAUUUUCUUUCAAAAACAAAUCUACAAGCAAAACCCCAAUCUCUGAACCUAAAGAAAACGAAAUCGCCAAACCCGAAACACCGAAACCGAUUUUCACAAUUAAGGAUUCACCAGGAAUUAGGAACAAAGUGAAUGAAAUAUUAACAAAGAAUUUUAGAGGAUCGGAGAUUGGUGAAUUUACGAUAUCGGAUUUGGAUUCAUGUGAAGUUAGGUUAAUUGGUUGCAUUGGUGCGCUUUUUGUUAAUCGCUUAAGGAAUUGUAAGGUUUAUGCAGGGCCAGUUAUAGGUUCAAUUUUGAUUGAGGAAGUUGAAAACAGUAUUUUUGUUUUGGCUUCCCAUCAGAUAAGGAUACAUUACGCGAGAGAAAGUGAUUUUUAUCUGAGAGUGAGGAGCAGGCCGAUAAUUGAAGAUUGUGGAGGUGUUAGAUUUGCGCCUUACUGUUUGAGUUAUGAAGGAAUUGAGGAAGAUUUGAAGGAAGCAGGUUUGGAGGAGGAGACUGGGAACUGGAGCAAUGUAGAUGACUUUAAAUGGUUGAGAGCUGUGCAGUCUCCUAAUUGGUCUGUUUUGGAGGUGAGUGAGAGACUCGAGGGUGUUGAGAUCAAGGAUGGGAGUGAAAAUGGAAGGAGUUAGGGUUGUGGGAUGGUGAAAUUGAUGUUCUGAUAUGCCAAAUUGAGUUCAGGAGGAUGGGCUUUGAACCUAGUGCUCUAGCACCAUGCCAAUUGCAAAGCCGGUCUCUUGGUUCUAUUACAGCUUUUGGACUUUGCAGAUAACAACUUGGGGGGACAAAUGGUUAUUACCAUCUUGCUAUGCAAUGAAUAAGUUGACCUUAGUCGUGAAUAUUAUUUUCAUUCACUUGUUUCUCCAAACACUAAGAUUUAUUCAGUUCUAUCAACUGCUGCGGAUUCUGGGGAAGGAACCUUGUUUGGAUGUUUUAAACAAUUCUGAAAUACAAAUUAAGUACUUCGUUCUUUUGCUCAAAAUCUCAUGUAAAAAACUCAAUUUGUGAUUAUUUCAUGGAAUGCAUGGUUCAAUUCGUAUGUUUGAUAAUGUGAA